AUGGAUAAGGCAUCGGUGUGUGCCUCGGUGGCCGGGGCCACUUUUGUCGUCGUCUCGUGCCUCGUGGCGGGCAUGAUCAUCAGUCGCGACAUUAAUGAUAUGUACGACGAUUUUAUGAGCAGCAUGGGUGAAUUUAGGACGGUCUCCGAAGACACUUGGACCGAAAUCUUUGCCAUGCAAAUGGGCACGGCCAACGGCGGAAAUUCGCAGGCCCCAUCACUUGCCGGACUCGUUGGACGUCGCCUGAAGAGGGCCGCUGGAGGCGACGAUAGCUGCACUUGCGGCGUCUCUGCCCGUCACUGCCCACCCGGCCCUCCUGGACCCCCCGGCAUCUCCGGACCCCCUGGAGACAUCGGAAAGGAUGGACCUCCCGGAAAGUCCGGAAAACCCGGCAUCAUCCAGCCACUUCUCUACAAGCCCGCUCCCACGACCUGCGAAGUGUGCCCGGUAGGACCACCCGGCCCACCUGGAAAGGAGGGAUGCGAGGGACCACCCGGAAAGGAAGGAAACCCCGGCAAACGAGGACAACCCGGAAAUGCCGGAAGACCCGGAAUGCCCGGACCCGUUGGAGAUCAGGGAACACCCGGAUUGGAUGGACAGACCGGAAUGCCCGGUGGACCCGGACAGGAUGCUUUGACCGGAAAGGGAGAGAUGGGACUGCCUGGAAGGGCUGGACUACAGGGACCUUGUGGAGAACCCGGAAAGGAUGGAGAUGAUGGAAAGGACGGAAACCCCGGAGAAGAGGGCCCGAAGGGAAUGGAGGGUCUACCCGGUCUGCCCGGAAAUACCGGACCGGUCGGAUACCCCGGAAAGCCCGGAGCCCCAGGAGAGGAUGGAGAGUACUGUAACUGCCCCGAUCGCGGAGACACCCCCAUCUUUGACGACAAGGACUUGCCACCGAAGCGCGUUGGCGCUGGCCGCCCUGGCCCGGCUCCUCCAGCUGGCGGAUACCGUACACCUCCCCCACCCCCGCCUGCUAGCCGUUCGAAGGGAAGCAAGAAGAACCAUCGCCCGUCGAAUGCCGGAAGUUACAACGAUGAGAAUGCUGGACCUGGCAAACACGCCGGAACCAGCGGCGGAGAAGGCGGAUACGACCAACCUCCUGCCCCUAAGCACCACGCCAAGACCGAGGAUGCCGGUUACGACAAGCCACCGGCUGCUCACGCUGGAAGCGGAUACGAUGAGCCGAGCUAUGACAAGCCCCCGGCCCCUGUCGCCCACGACGACCAGUCGCAGUACGGCCGCCGUCGCAGAAGGAAGUUC